GUCCCCACCGCCGGCCCGGCUUCACACUAAGGCCUGCUUUUCCUGCGCGCCCCCCUGGCGGUCCUCGCGCUCACGGAAGGCCCCACUUCCGCCGGCGGCGUGACCACGCCUCCCCAGCCUUCGCCUCGGCGGAUGGGUGGGGCCUCCGGAGCUUUGUCUGGGCUCGUCGGGUAUCGGUAGUGGGGGAGAGAGUCCUACGGCUGGGCAGGGUCUUGCCGGCCACUAGGGGCUGUGUACAUGGCGACGCCCUGGGAAGUAGAGCGUGAUUAUCACUGGUCAGCGCCCUGUGGAGUAGCCGAGGCCGGCCUACUCCCGCUCUCUGCAGAGCAGGAAUCGGCUUUGCAAGGCCUCGCAUCUCUCGGCAACCUCCUGUGUUUCUGGGGUCGGGGCUUGUGUGUUUUACUUCCGGAUCCCACGGCUACGACACCGGAAGCCGGAAGCGGGGGUUUCCUCGGCGGAGAAGGGAAGGGCGACUGCUGAGCCUGGACUUUCUCGGGAGCCCUGCGCCCCUAGGCUAGCGGCCCGCCGCUCCUGCCCUCCUCACGUCUGACGGCCUCUGCUGACAGGUGCUGCUGUGGUGGAUGAGCAGGCACCCCUCAAAGAGCCAGCUGUGUGAGAUGGUGCAGCCUGGCAGCAGCCCAGCAGGGGACCAGGACGAAGAGUCCUCUCUUGGGAAGCCAGCGAUGCUGCAGCUGCAGGCGGAGCAGGGCAGCCCAGAGGCCCUCCAGCGCUGCCUGGAGGAGAAUCAUGAACUCCGAGAUGCCAUCCGGCAGAACAACCAGAUGCUGCGUGAGCGCUGUGAAGAGCUGCUGCACUUCCAGGCCAGCCAGAAGGAGGAGAAGGAGUUCCUCAUGUGCAGGUUCCAGGAGGCCAGGAAGCUGGUGGAGAGGCUGAGCCUGGAGAAGCUGGAGCUGAGGAGGCAGAAGGAGCAGGCAUUGCAGGAGGCGGAGCAGCUGAAGAGAUGCCAGCAGCAGAUGGCUGAGGACAAGGCUUCUGUGAAAGCCCAGGUGACAUCCUUGCUGGGGGAACUCCAGGAGAGCCAGAGCCGCUUGGAGGCCGCCACCAAGGAACGCCAGGCCUUGGAGGCUAGGGCGCGGGCAGCCAGUGAGCAGGCGCGGCAGCUGGAGAAGGAGCGUGAGGCGCUGCAGCAGCAGCACAGUGUGCAGGUGGAUCAGUUGCGCAUGCAGAACCAGAGCGUGGAAGCCGCGCUGCGCAUGGAGCGCCAGGCCGCCUCGGAGGAGAAGCGGAAGCUGGCCCAGCUGCAGGUGGCCUAUCACCAGCUCUUCCAGGACUAUGACAACCACAUCAAAAGUAGCAUGGUGAGCGGCGAGCGCAAGCGAGGGAUGCAGCUAGAGGACCUGAAGCAGCAGCUGCAGCAAGCCGAGGAGGCCCUUGUGGCCAAGCAGGAGGUGAUCGACAAGCUCAAGGAGGAAGCUGAACAGCACAAGACGGUGAUGGAGACAGUGCCAGUCCUGAAGGCACAGGCGGAUAUCUACAAGGCCGACUUCCAGGCAGAGCGGCAGGCCCGGGAGAAACUGGCAGAGAAGAAGGAGGCACUGCAGGAGCAGCUGGAUCAGCUGCAGCGGGACUUCAGCAAGCUCAAGGCCAGCUGCCAGGAGUCAGCCAGGAUGGAGGACCUGAGGAAGCGCUAUGGGGAGGUCCUGCAGUCCACGCUGCCCGCCCCUGCGUACUGCUCCUUUCACAUGCCCAACCAGAGGAGGAGUCCCCCGGAGGAGCCCCGCGACUUUUGCUGUCCCAAGUGCCAGUAUCAGGCGCCUGACAUGGACACUCUGCAGAUCCACGUCAUGGAGUGCAUCGAGUAGGGCCUGCUACUGCCACCUCUGCCUUCUUUCCCAGUCCAGAAUCGAGGACUUGGUGCUACAGAGCAGGCCCCGGGGGUAGCCGCAGGGCCCUGGCCCUGGCCUUUCGCUCUUCUGCUUUUCUCCUUCCCUUCCGUCUGCUGAAAUGCUUGCCUUCCCUGCCACCCCCAGGAGUCCAGGAUGAGACAGGUUCUGAAGACUGGGCGCUUUCCCAGCUGCCCACCCCACGUGCUUCCUCUCCUGGUGGCAACUCCUACCUGGCAGCCGCCCUGUGGUGGUGAGGUAGUGCCACGGAUGUGCCUUUGGGCCCAUCUCUGUUUCUGCCCAUCGAUGACGGUGCCGUGAAAAUGCUGGCGCGCUAAUCACUCGUGUCUUUGGGAUAGAGGUCGAGAGUGGAGCUGUGGCCCCUGAGGACGGGCGGGUGGGCCUCUGGCUUGUGACUGUCCCUGGGCACUCUCCCCGAGAGUGAGCAGGAGCUGGGCCCUUCCACUCUGUAACUGUGAGCUGGCUGUGCUUGUCUCUCAGCCAUUUUCCUAUUGGGUUGUUGCCUUUUCCUUUUUGGUUUUUAGCAGCACUUUGGUCAUUAUGCAAGAGUAUCUUCUGUUCAUGACAGAAACCACAUCUUUUCCCACUCUGCUUUUGCCACCAGUGCAUCUUGGCCUUGAACACCAAGUUUUUUUGUGUUUUUCAUGCAAGGUCUCAUUAUGGAGCCCAGUCUUGCCUCAAACUCCUGAUCCUCGUGCUUCAGCCUUCUGGGUGCAGGGGUGACAGGUAUAUACACUUGCCUGGCAGAGGUUUGUAUUUUUUUAGUCACAUCCAUUUUCUUCCUUGUACUGCUUUGGGCUUAGAGUUGCCAGCCCUCUGUAGUCUCCAGAGGGGUCCUUCGAACUUGUACACCGCUGUUUUACAAGCACCAAAGUGAAUCCUUACCUGCCUAGCAUUUAUUGCCUGGUGUUAGUGGUGGCCACAGUCUAUCACAUGUGAGAAGUCGAUGAUGCCACAUUCUCCACCAGCCCCAAACGCCUUGGCCCUGCCACAGGAGGCCAGGUGACACUGAUGGGUAGGUGAACAGCAGGGCAUUCUUCACUGUGUGCAAGGUUCUAGGCACUUGGAGGAAGGCGCAGCCAUUGUGUUUGGAGGAAGUGGGAAGCUGGGAGUUGGGAAGGCCUGCAGUAGACAUGCAGCCUCUGCCGUGGGCCCUGGGCCCUUUCUGACCUGCCUUGCUCCCCGGCCCAGGGCCUCUUGCUGUGUGCCUGCGGAAGGCCUGUAGCGAUCAGCCCAUGUGUGCAGGGCUGGCCAGCCACGUUUCUGCCUCCCUAAGUCCAGGUGGCUUAGUGUCCUGGCCUUUGGGCAAGUACUGAAGAAACGGACAGCUCUGUCAGUGACACUGCAUUCCGUUUCCUGUCUUGCAACUUUCUGCAAGAGCGCUGUUCAUAGUCUGGUGGCUUAAAACAGCAAAGACACAUUCUCUCAUGUUUUGGAAAUCAGAAAUUGAAGGCAAGUUUUUUCUUCAGUUUCCUUGAGGCAAGAUUUUACUGUGUAGCCCAGGGUGGCCUGGAAC